CAGCGUGCUCGUGUGGAUGCGCGCCCUGGCUCUCCGUAGACACAUGCUCCGGGGCUGCAAAGCCAGAAUCCGGGAGGCCUUUCUGUGUGCGCGGCUGCACAGGGAAUUACAAGAGCCCUGGUCUGUGGGCGCAGAAAUGGCAGUUUAUUUUUAGGUACCAAAUCAGUAUUUUCCAAAACAAAGUAUUCAGUGGGAACUGGGGUGGGGUGCUACCUUGUAGCUACGAAGCUCGUUCCUGCACGGCCUAAGAGGAGACCCCUACUCUCAGCUGUACUUCUGCAAUUAGAGAGUGUGCUGGGAAGGUCGGCUAGCCUCCGCAAACUCUCCUGAGAUGAGCCACACACGUACCACCUAUCCUUGCCAAAAUACAGUUGACCUUUGAACAACACUGGUUUGAAAUGCCCACCUUCACUUAUAUGUCUCUUUUCUUUCUUUUUUUUGUUUGUUUGUUUUGGCAGACGCACUGCAGGAUCCCAUAAGUGCCCUUUUUUCCCCCUCCCUUAGAAUUUUCUUCCUCACAUUUCCUCCUGUCCAGCUUCCUUCAUUGUAAGAAUAGAGCAUCCAGUGCUUAUAAUACACAAAAUAACGGGCAAAUGCCCCGUAAGUCUUCUGGACAACUGUGGGCUUUUCGCAGCUAUGUUUUGGGGGCCGUCAAAAGUUAUAAGCGGGUUUUUCAGUGUGUGGCAACCCUCACGUGGUUUCAGCAUCAACUGUGCUUUUGAAUUCCUCUGGCUACCCACUAACGGUGGGGGGGGGCCCCUUCGGGCCACACUUGGAGAACCUCAGCUCUGAGUAGGAAGAGCACAUUUUUCAGUGAGCUCCCCGCCACCCCCCGCCAGAAGCCUCCACCCAGGGAAAUGAAUCUUUGUUUUACUUGAGCAAGCCUUUAACUUGUCUGAGAACACUGGAAUUUGUUUGUUUGUUUGUUUUUUUAACAUACUUAUAUACAUUAGAAGUGAAUGCCGGGUAAGAACCAGCAAGCUUGGAGGGGCUUAGGGACAGGGAAGUCAACACGUGGCCUUUUCAGUUAGCUUGUAUACUGAGGGACGAUGAGAAACCAGUCAAAACCCGUGGAGCACUGUCACUUACACGUAACCCCGCGAUGUCGCUCUGAGCCGGGUUUUGUCACCUGCCUAGGAGCCCCGUUCCGGGAGCUCCCCGGUCAAUCUGGGAAAGGAAUUUAGCCUUGGAGGUGGUGUCCCUGCACGGGCACACCAAAACGCGUGUUUGCAAAACUUGUUUGUGGUGUGUCGACAUGGAUGGCUGGACCUGUUCUUUCUACCUGUUGAUUUAAAACAAACAAAAUUGUGGAAAUACAAAGUACUUGUGAAGUCACGUGCCUGCCAGACUGUGUGUUCCAGAAGAGGAUCCUUAUAUAGAAGGAUGAACGUUUGCUUGCUGGCCCUCCACGAGCCCCAGCCUGUCUGUCAUCUUAGAAAUGACUUUAGAUACUGGUGGGAGCGCGUCCCCGCCCUGGGUCUGCUGGUGGCCCACAUCGCAAGCGGCAAACCCACUGCUUUGCCUUUUAAAGCUUUUCUGAUCAGCUCCUCGCUGCACUGGGUGUUUGGACGCGAGCCACUGAACUUUGCCCUGGGCCUGGAGCUAAACAGUAACAAAGACCCAGUUCCCAUUUCCGGUUGGGAGUAACUUGACUUUUUUUUUUUUUUUUCUGAGCACUGUGACCAGGAAGAUGGGCUUGGACCUUUUCGGGAAGGGGAAUGCAUGUGGCAGGCAGGACCUCUCAGGACCCCCGGGGAGGGGCUUGGAGACUGUCCCCCAGAGGUGCCCGAACCACCUGCCAAGGAUGAGCGGGGAAAGCCUGCCUCGAAGAAACCUUUACUGGUGACUGUGACCAACGCCAUUGUGGGCCGAGCGGUACAGAUGGUGGCGGCAGGCGGCCCUGCCCAGGGGCCUUCCAGGGGCUCGCCGGAAACAUCCCCUGCUCGUCGCCUGCUUUCCUGGGGGCCCCCAGAGAUCCUGACGUAAGUGUGCACCCAAGGAGAGCAAGGCCCAGCCAGUGGUGCCUCCAUAAGAAUCCGUUUAGUUGGGGAUUCCUUGUUCCUUGUGUGUGUGGCAUGUAGCUCAGGGUCUCGUGACCUCGUUCAGCUAAAUUAGUGAUAAUUAUUAAAACCGUGAUAAUAAUGCCAUAGGAAGACCUGAUACCGCCGAAUUGUGCUGCCGGGGUAGGAUGGACCCGCUCAUACUCCAGAGCCAGCAUGCAGCGCUUUGGUUCCUUCCCCGGUCCCUCGACGGCCGUUCCUUGUCCAGGUGCCCGAUCCUGACUGGACUGCAGAACGUGCAGCUUGGGGUCUCCUCUUUCUGCAAGCCAUGGCUGUGUUGGAUUCCCUCCACUGUCCUGCAGAUCCUGGGCCUCGUCUCUUUGCUUCCUACGUACAGUUGCCCACAGAACAGUGUCCUCCAACCAGCCCAGCAGGUGCGCAGGAAUGAGUGGAGGCCCCGCAGGCGGGCCGCGGCGCAGAAGCCAUGGAGGCGAAAGGCCUGGACCCGUCCCAGACAGACCUCAAGUUAGUGGCCCACCCACGCGCCAAGAGCAAAGUAUGGAAGUACUUUGGCUUCGACACCAACGCCGAGGGCUGCAUCCUGCAGUGGAAGAAGAUCUACUGUCGCAUCUGCAUGGCCCAGAUCGCCUACUCCGGCAACACCUCCAACCUCUCCUAUCACCUGGAGAAGAAUCACCCCGACGAGUUCUGUGAGUUCGUCAAGAGCAACACGGAGCAGAUGCGCGAGGCCUUUGCCACCGCCUUCUCCAAGCUGAAGCCCGAGGCGUCGCAGCUGACCCCACCGGACACGCUGGCCACCAAGGCUGGCCACGGCCACGAGAGCAAGCGGCAGCAGGAGCUCACGGCCGCUGUCAUCGGCCUCAUCUGUGAGGGCCUGUACCCCGCGUCCAUCGUGGACGAGCCCACGUUCAAGGUGCUGCUGAAGACGGCCGACCCCCGGUACGAGCUGCCCAGCAGGAAAUUCCUCUGCAGCAAGGCCAUCCCCGAGAAGUACGGCGCUGUCCGUGAGGCCGUCCUCAAGGAGCUCAGCGACGCAUCCUGGUGCGGCAUCUCCACGGACAUGUGGCGGAGCGAGAACCAGAACCGUGCCUAUGUCACGCUGGCCGCCCACUUCCUGGGCGGUGGGGCCCCCGGCUGCCUGUCCGUGGGCUCCCGCUGCCUGAAGACCUUCGAGGUCCCCGAGGACAACACGGCCGAGUCCAUCACCAGGGUCCUGUACGAGGCCUUCAUCGAGUGGGGCAUCAGCGCCAAGGUGUUCGGGGCCACCACGGACUGUGGCAAGGACAUCGUGAAGGCGUGCUCCCUGCUGGACAUCUCGGUGCAGAUGCCCUGCCUGGGGCACACAUUCAACGCGGGCAUCCAGCAGGCCCUGCAGCUGCCCAAGCUCGCCGGGCUGUUGGCCCGCUGCCGCAAGCUGGUGGAGUACUUCCAGCAGUCGACCGUGGCCAUGUACAUGCUGUAUGAGAAGCAGAAGCAGCAGAACAUGGCGCACUGCAUGUUGGUGAGCAACCGCGUGUCCUGGUGGGGCAGCACGCUGGCCAUGCUCCAGCGCCUCAAGGAGCAGCAGUUUGUCAUCGCGGGCGUGCUGGUGGAGGACAGCAACAACCACCACCUGAUGCUGGAGGCCGCCGAGUGGGCCACCAUUGAGGGGCUGGUGGAGCUGCUGCAGCCCUUCAAGCAGGUGGCCGAGAUGCUCUCCGCCUCCAAGUACCCCACCAUCAGCAUGGUGAAGCCCCUGCUGCACAUGCUGCUCAACACCACGCUCAACAUCAAGGAGACCGACUGCAAGGAGCUCAGCAUGGCCAAGGAGGUCAUCGCCAAGGAGCUGUCCAAGACCUACCAGGAGGCGCCCGAGAUCGACAUGUUCCUGAACGUGGCCACCUUCCUGGACCCGCGCUACAAGCGCCUGCCCUUCCUGUCUGCCUUCGAGAGGCAGCAGGUGGAGAACAGGGUGGUGGAGGAGGCCAAGGGCCUGCUGGACAAGGUCAAGGACGGCGGCGGCGGCUACCGGACGGCCGAGGAGAAGAUGUACGCGCUGCCCGAGGAGCCCCCGGUGAAAAAGCUGGUGCUGGCGUCCACGCCGCCGCCCACCAGCGUCAUCAACAGCAUGCUGGCCGAGAUCUUCUGCCAGACGGGGGGCGUGGAGGACCAGGAGGAGUGGCACGCGCAGGUGGUGGAGGAGCUUAGCAACUUCAAGUCGCAGAAGGUGCUGGGCCUCAACGAGGACCCCCUCAAGUGGUGGUCCGACCGCCUGGCGCUCUUCCCCGUGCUGCCCAAGGUGCUGCAGAAAUACUGGUGCGUGGCGGCCACGCGCGUCUUCCCGGAGCGACUCUUUGGCUCCUCCGCCAACGUGGUCAGCGCCAAGAGGAACCGACUGGCGCCGGCGCACGUGGACGAGCAGAUCUUCCUGUACGAGAACGCGCGCAGCGGCACCGAGGCCGAGCCCGAGGACGAGGACGAGGGCGAAUGGGGCCUGGACCACGAGCAGGUAUUCCCCCUAGGGGACGCCGUGCACGCCGGCUUCUUUGGCAUCAGGGACGGCGGCUUCGUGUAGGUGCCGGCGGGCUGGGGGUGGGGUCACCGUGGCGCUGGACCCCGCGGAUGUUCCGCUGUAAAUACCCACGGCCUGCGUGCGUGUGCGUGGGUGGCCGGGCCGAGGAGAGCAAAGGCACAGGAGGGAAACAUGGGGCUGCUGUGCGCGUCUUUCUUCGGGGAGCCCAGUCUCAUCGUCGCAAAGUGGCAGAAAUCGACAGAGAAAGUUCUGGAAGUCCCCACGCGCACCUGCUGGCUGCCGGUUGCAGAUAACGAACUCCUGGAGCAGCGCACGGCCAGCAGGGACGGACGGUCGGAGGGAGGGAGCCCCGUUCGCUUCCUACAUACAUUAAUUCCACCCCCAAGGCCGUCCUGUUCUCCGCGGGAUGGUUUGCGAUAAACCCCAGAAAAACAUCCAAACUCCCACAUCCUUCCCGGCCCACACGCCCUCGCUAGGCCUUCCCGGACCUGUUGCGCACAGGAGCUCGUGUUUACUGCCCAGCGGAAGCACACACCUUGCCUUCGGCACGGCCGGGGGCACCCCUCUCCGGCCCUCGCGCCCCGUGUGGGAGACGCACAAGCUUUGGGUUUGGUGCAAAGCAUGAAAAGGGCAAUAGGGCGCGGGCCGUGGGGACAACGCAGGCAAAGUAUUGGACGCGCUGUGUCUUCUGCCUUUUGUCGCCUCGCUGCAUUUCGCUCUGUGCACAUGGUCCUGGUGACCCUGAGGCGCUUGGGUCCUAUCCGUGCGCGUGGGUGUGCGCCCGUGUCCCAUGCUUAAAAGGGGCCCUUUCCCCAAGAUGACCACCAGGCCCCCCGCCCUCGGGAGCCCCGCUUUCCAAAAUUACCAGGGGCCCAAGUGUGCCGAGGGUGAUUUCAAUUUCUCCACGGGGCCACGGACGCUUGCGUUUUGUCUUUUCAACACCGCACCGCGGGGGCCCGCUGAUUUUUUUUAAAAAACGGACCAUGGGACAUUUUGGCCUUGAUUUCGGGGUCGCUCCGGCUGUUCGCAGAAACCCGAGACGCUGGCGACGUUCUGCGUGGCUGAGCACCUCCGAGAGCAUCAUGGACAUUUAAGGAGGCGGAUAUGUCCCUUUCCUCGGGAGGGUGACCCCUCCCCCGCUGGUGUGGAUGAGAGGAGGGACUUGUAUCUUGACGCAUCCGACUGGGUUUGAGCCUUCCUCAUGGGAUGGAUGCUUUUUUUUUUCUUCUUAUUUAACGCUUUCAAAUUUGACUCUUGUUCAAUAAACCCAAGAAACAGAUGAGCUCCU